CUCAUGUCCUACCAAGACAAGCUUAAAGCUGAGCUGAGAGAGAACUGAGAGACUGGAAAUAUGAAGAAAGGGGAAUGUCCCCAGUAGAUUCCCCUGGGUGAAUUCGAUCCACCUUUUUACAGGUGGGAGAUUAUAGAUUAUAUAACCACCCCCCCAGAUAAAGCAAUCUCUUCCCUCAUGACAUCUGUACCCGGAAAACUUGAAUCCCAGGGUGUUCAGAUUUCUACACAGUUGAUUUCCCAGAAGGUAUUUAGGUAGGAUCUGGUGCCCUGGGUGCAAUCCUUCAACCUGGCACCAUGGAGCUGGGAGGGGCCUUCACCAUCUUUCUGGCACUCUGUUUGUCUUGUCUUCUCAUCCUCAUCGCCUGGAAACGGAUGAGCAAAGGGGGAAAGCUGCCGCCUGGUCCCACACCAAUACCUUUCCUAGGGAACGUGUUGCAAGUUCGUACUGAUGCCACUUUUCAGUCUUUCAUGAAGCUCAAGGAGAAAUACGGUCCAGUCUUCACCGUGUACAUGGGGCCCCGGCCAGUGGUUGUUUUAUGUGGACAUGAAGCAGUGAAGGAGGCCCUGGUAGACCGAGCAGAUGAGUUCAGUGGCCGUGGAGAACUGGCUUCAGUAGAGCGAAACUUCCAAGGUCAUGGUGUAGCUCUGGCUAACGGAGAACGAUGGAGGAUCCUCCGACGCUUCUCCCUGACCAUUCUUCGGGACUUCGGGAUGGGAAAGAGGAGCAUUGAGGAGCGGAUCCAGGAGGAGGCUGGCUUCCUACUAGUGGAAUUACGCAAGACCAAAGGGGCUCGCAUCGAACCUACUUUCUUCCUGAGCCGCACUGUCUCCAACGUCAUCAGUUCCGUCGUCUUUGGAAGCCGCUUUGACUAUGAGGACAAGCAGUUCCUGAAGUUGCUGCAAAUGAUCAACCAGAGUUUCAUAGAAAUGAGCACAUCCUGGGCCCAGUUAUAUGACAUGUAUUCUGGAAUCAUGCAAUAUUUGCCAGGAAGACACAAUCGCAUCUACUACUUGAUAGAGGAGCUCAAGGACUUCAUUGCCUCCAAGGUCAAGAUCAACGAAGCAUCGCUUGACUCCCAGAACCCUCGGGACUUCAUUGAUUGCUUCCUCAUCAAGAUGCACCAGGAUAAAAACAACCCCCACACAGAAUUCAACCUCAAGAAUUUGGUCCUGACAACCCUCAACCUCUUUUUCGCUGGCACUGAGACAGUGAGCUCUACACUCCGCUAUGGACUGCUGCUCAUGAUGAAGCAUCCUGAGGUGGAAGCCAAGAUCCACGAAGAGAUUGACCAGGUGAUUGGACCACACCGGAUCCCAAGUGUCGAUGACCGGGCCAAGAUGCCCUACACAGAUGCCGUGAUCCAUGAGAUCCAGAGACUCACAGAUAUCGUGCCCAUGGGCGUCCCCCAUAAUGUCAUCCGGGACACUCAUUUCCGAGGCUACCUUCUGCCCAAGGGCACCGACGUCUUUCCUCUUCUUGGCUCUGUCCUCAAAGACCCCAAGUACUUCCGCUACCCAGAUGCCUUCUAUCCACAACACUUCCUGGACGAGCAGGGCCACUUCAAGAAGAAUGAAGCCUUUGUGCCUUUUUCCUCUGGAAAGCGCAUCUGCCUGGGGGAGGCCAUGGCCCGCAUGGAACUCUUCCUCUACUUCACCUCCAUCCUUCAGAACUUCUCCCUACGCUCUCUGGUGCCACCUGCUGACAUCGACAUCACGCCCAAGGUCUCAGGCUUUGGCAACAUCCCUCCGACCUACGAGGUUUGCUUCAUGGUUCGCUGAGCGCCUCCUAUUGGACGUGGAAGGAACCGUCGGAGAACAGAGCUUUGCUCAAGUGUCCAGGCGCACCCAACCUCUUCAUCCCCCUUCAGUUCUCAAAACAAUCCUAAGAGAAGACACCAUUACACUGUCACGGGACACAGGUCAGCAGGGGUCACCCCAAAAUAUGGAGCUGUGUAUCUUCUACAUCCAGCAGAAAAGCAAU